AUGAUAUCUCCUAGGAAUAGUGCUUUACCAGUGCUGAGUAAAGUAUUCCUUCGGUGGACGUGGGCAAGUUUACCCAUGCAAAAAACUGUGCCUCACACACUAUGCAGGAAUCUUGGCAUUGCUUAUAGACCGGUGACAAAAUGCUUUCCCCUACGACCUGUGGCAAGUAUGCAGUUGGUUCAUGCCAAAAGGUUCCGCAGUACUGAGGAGGGAAAUAGCAAGUUUGAGGAAGAUAAAAGCAAAACUAAGAACGAGAAAAAAAGUGAGCCACAUGGUAUUAAAGGAUUGAUGGCCAAGUAUGGUUAUUCUGCACUGAUUGUUUAUAUCCUCUUGACUUGUAUUGAUUUGCCCCUAUGUUUCCUGGGGGUCCACUCGUUGGGUGAAGAGAAGAUCAAGAUAUAUCUAAACAGAGGUAAACAACUCAUUGGCAUGGGCGACCCAGAUGAAAGCAAGGUUAUUGAAGAUGUUAGAAAGAAACAGGCUCACCGUGAAGCAGUACAGGCAGAGAAUGCUGGCAACGUAGGAGAUGCAUCGAGAAAGACUUUCAAUGAAAGAUGGCAAGAGAUGAAGGACAGUACCUUGCUGGCCGAACUCUUGAUUGCCUACGGUAUACACAAGAGUUUGAUUAUUGUUAGAGUACCCCUAACAGCAGUAUUAACGCCAUCUUUUGUCAAGCUCCUAAAAAGGUUUGGCAUCGAUCUAAUGAAGAAGCAAAAGAAAGUAUUCCAAACGAUGGCCUCGGGAGCCAAAAUAAGAUACAAAGGAAACAAGCCAAGCGACUUCAUCAAGAAUGAUGGCACUGCGCUUGACAUUACCAAGCGUAACCCAAGAACUAAGGGCCAGAAAUGGUUCGAUGGCCUAAUGUGA